UCUAAACAGUUUAACGCAACAAUUCUAGCUUAACAGUCACAUCACAGGUUGCUCAUGAUCACAAAUUUGUGUCGUGUUAAGCUGUUCGAUUAUUUUUUGCAUAUAUACAUAUCAACGGUUCAGAUAUGGUUCCUAGUGUUGGAUAAAUGUUUUGUAUAAAUGACUGCGUGCGGUAUAGCGAGUGAAGUAUUCUAAUUACGAGUGCUAUAAAUCAUUAUAAUAGAAAUGAUUCUAUUGAAUCGUGUUUUAUUGAGAGCAGGCAUUAUAUUAGUUGCUUGCCACCUCAUCCUUAGUUAUUGGAUUUUUGAGAACAAGCCGCGAACUUUUGAGAUUGAUUUUGACAACAACACUUUCUUGAAGGAUGGAAAACCCUUUCAAUUUAUAUCUGGCUCAUUUCAUUACUUCCGUUCUUUACCGCAGUCAUGGACAAAGAUACUGAGAUCGAUGAGAGCCGCUGGAUUGAACACCAUCACAACGUAUGUCGAAUGGUCUUUACACAAUCCCAAAGAGGAUGUAUACAAUUGGGAAGGAAUGGCAGACAUCGAACAAUUCAUACAACUAGCACAGGAUGAGAAUUUAUUAGUUAUUCUGAGGCCAGGGCCAUACAUUUGCGCUGAACGAGAUAUGGGUGGGUUUCCCUUUUGGUUGCUGCACAAAUAUCCUGGGAUCCAGUUAAGAACUAGUGACGUCGCGUACCUACGCGAAGUUCGAACUUGGUAUGCUGAACUAUUCUCGAGAUUGGAGCCAUACCUAUAUGGUAACGGAGGACCAAUCAUUAUGGUCCAAGUGGAGAACGAGUACGGAUCAUUCUUUGCCUGCGACCAUAAGUACAUGAAAUGGUUACGUGAUGAGACUGAAAGAUAUGUUAAAGAACGCGCUGUUUUGUUUACCAAUAAUGGUCCAGGGUAUUCACUAUGUGGAGGAGUAGACGGUGCUCUAAGUACACUAGAUUUUGGACCAGGCAGUACCGAAGAAUUAAAUGAAUAUUGGAAAGACCUUCGGAAAUAUCAACCCAGAGGGCCAUUGGUCAAUGCGGAAUACUACCCAGGCUGGUUAACUCAUUGGCAAGAACAGAAGAUGGCGCGUGUGCCAAUCGAUCCAAUAACUUCUGCGUUAAGAUAUAUGCUGAAAUCGAACGUAAAUGUUAACAUUUACAUGUUUUAUGGAGGAACAAAUUUUGGAUUUACAUCUGGAGCAAACGAUGGAGGCCCAGGCCGAUACAUCCCUGAUAUUACCUCUUAUGACUAUGAUGCUCCUUUGGAUGAAUCUGGAGACCCAACGCCAAAAUACAUAGCCAUUCGACAGGUUAUAUCAGAAUUUUUCUCUUUACCAAAUCUUCCCGUUCCAAAAGUCGAUGGAGGACAGCCGACCGCUGCCUGUUUUUCGAUGUGAUGAUAUUGAAAGGCAGAAGUUAUGUAAGGAGUGGAGAAUUUGGAAAGGAGCACUGGAGUGUUAUUUUGACGCAUACGAAAUUACGGACCAACGAAUGAAACGGGCAAAGCUUCUGCAUUUAGGUGGACCCCAACUUCAACGCAUUUUUCAAAAUUUACCCGAUCGCGAAAAUAUUCCAUUGGUGGCAAUCGAAAAACCAUGGUAUGACGUGGCAGUUAACGGUUUGGACUCGUUUUUUGGGCCAAGUCGACAGGACUGUUUGGAGAGACACAAACUUCGACAAAUGAAGCAAAAUAAAGGAGAAAGGUUUGCUGACUUCGUGGUUCGCUUACGCCAGCAGGUUUCCGACUGCGAUUUUGAUAAGUAUGCCUCUGAGGUUCGAGAGGUGUUGACCGAAGUAUUUCUUAUUGACGUCAUUAUCGAAGGAUGCUUGUCAUAGGAACUGCGCCGACGUAUCCUUUAGCAAGACCGGACUCUCGCUGAAAUUAAAACUCUUGGCCUUACGCUUGAGGGUGUGGAACGUCAAGUUAAAGAUUUUGGUAGGAAAGUACAAGAUCAGGCAGUGAAUCAGCAGAUCAUGAAAAUCACCAGUAACCCAACAUUAAAAUUUCAAAGCCGUGCUGGACAAGGGACAAACAAAUCGUUUUCAGACCGCUAUUCGCAAACAUACCCCAAAGCGUACAUUAGUUGCUUCAACUGUGGACGCCGCGAUCACAUUUCUUCUGCCGAGAAUUGUCCAGCCAAAGGAAAAAUUUGUCACUCCUGCAAUCGGGUUGGGCACUUCGAGUCUCGUUGUAGAUUCCGGAAAUCCCAAACAAAGUCGACUAUUCAAAAAAGCCUUGUCGAUUCAGGCUCGGAUGCUAACCUUAUCACAAAUAAAGCAUGGGAAUCAUUGAAGCAGCGGAAACUAACUGUAUUUAAAUGUGUCAAAGGAAGUAACAAAGUAUUGAGAGACUACGCUAGUGACGUCCCAUUGACAAUAUUGGGAACGUUUGUUACAGAUGUGAAGGUUGCAGACAAAUCGAUUCGCGCAGAGUUUUAUGUUAUUGAAGGGGGACAAAGAUGCUUGUUAGGAAAUAAUACUGCGAAGGCCCUUGGAAUCCUGAGAGUUGGAUUGGAUAUACAACAAGUUCAACAUGCCGAUAAACCUUUUCCGAAAAUUAAUGAUGUACAAGUUCAUAUACAUAUGGAUUCCGAAGCAAAGCCGGUGUUUCAACCGCUGAGAAGGAUUCCAAUUCCUUUGGAGAGUGCUGUCAACCGCACGCUGGAACAAUUACUGAAUAGAGAUAUUAUUGAGAGAAAAGAAGGUCCGGCAUCUUGGGUGUCCCCGUUAGUAAUGGUGGGAAAAUCUAAUGGUGAACCUAGAAUCUGUCUCGAUCUGCGUCGUGUUAACGAAGCUGUACUUCGCGAACGUCACCCGAUGCCGACUGUUGACGAUUAUUUGGCAAGACUAGGUGAAGGGAAGUACUGGAGCAAGCUCGAUAUAAAAGAAGCGUUCCUUCAGAUUGAAUUGGCUCCUGAGUCCAGGGACGUAACGACAUUCAUCACUAAUACUGGGUUGUACCGUUUCAAGCGGCUCCCGUUCGGAAUCGUCACGGCUCCAGAGAUGUUCCAGAAAUCCUAGUGGGUUGCCCGGGAACUAUAUGGUAUCUCGAUGAUGUAUUAAUCGAAGGCGAUGAUCUUGAGCAACACGACGCACGGUUGAAUGAGGUAGCUUGAAA